GUGCGGGUAUCGGUUUCGAGUGGAUCCCCGCGAAACUCUUAGGCGAAACCGCUAAGGGACAGCGCUGCCUCGGUUCCCUUGUCGAUUUCUCUGCCCCCUUUUUCCCCCAUUUGCCUCCCCCGGUCUUGCUCAGGGCGUGGCCGCGUUUUGCUCUUGGGCCGUCCGCUUUGUUAUCGGUUUCGCGUGCUGCCUUCUCUUCUUUUCUGUGCUUUUCUGGCGUCUGCU